AAGAGCGGGCCUCUUCUCAAAACAGAUUCCAAAAGUCAUGUUCGAGUUCAAAAAUAAACAGAUGGGGAACAGCACUUGGGAAUUAAUGUUAGUAUUAGCGUCACGUACUCAUAAAGGGAAUAUCAGGAUGCAAACAUUUAUCUGGAUGUUUUUCAUCGCACACCUGGCGUUGGUCUCAGCUACAGGAACUGUAGAUUUGACCCACGUUCCUUGCGAUGAUAAAAACGUGGAGAAGCUGGCACGGCUUGCCAUUACCCACAUAAACGAGGACAGACAGACGGGGUACAAAUUUGCCCUCAAUCGAAUCUCCAACGUUCAGCUUCAAGAUCAGGGUCCGGCUGGAAAGGUCUACUAUUUUGAUAUAGACGUACUGGAGACAAAGUGCCACGUGCUCAGCCCCAAAUCUUGGAAGCGUUGUGACAUAAGACCUUUUAUGGAAACACAAAUCUCUGGAAACUGUAACACCACCGUUCUUCAGACUACAGAGGGAUUCUCUUACCUGUACAGUUACGACUGUACGCUGGUCCCAGACCCUCCAGAGAAGCUGCAGCAGACCUGUCCUGAUUGCCCCCUGCUCCUGCCGGUGGACAGCAGCGCUGCUGUGUCCACUGCUCAGAUUACCCUCCGCCACUAUAACAGACAGAGCACUCUGCCUAUUAGCUUAACACUGGAUAGCAUCACUAGAGCUUCCCAUCAGACUUCCCCAGUUACGGCCAGUUUUGUUGAGUACACUGUCCAGGAAUGCUCUGUGGCGCCUUUACAUGAAGCCUUGUGUGUGCCAGAGGAUGCUGGGAAGGGAACCGUUGGCUUUUGCGUCGGGGCUGUUUUUGGCACUGGCAACAUCCAGGAAGGCGUUAAGGUGUCCUGUGAAAUAUUUGACCCUCAGCGUGUUGGCAUGUCUGUGGGCGGGGCAACGAAGCCUCAGGUUUACACGCUCAAGCCAACCAGACAACAGGGAAAGUCUGUCAACGGACACAUACUUCUAGCACCUGAUGUCCACAAGCCAGGUUCUUUCGGCCCGACCCGAGACGCUGGUGUCAGUGGACCAAGCCUGGUAGACCCUGUUCAUCAGACCGCUGCCCCGUACGUGCCCUAUCAUAGCCCCACCAACCAAGCAGUGAGCAGCGAAUCCAGUGAGUCCGCAGAGACUUCAUCUUCUGAAGAGAUGCGCGGUUCUGUCCCCAUCUCUAGGCCUCCGGUGAAUUUCCGCUUCAUCCGAUAUCGUCCACGGAGAAAUGCUCCUCCAGGCCCCCAGCCCACUCAUUCGCCAGUGAUCCUGUCCAUCUUCCCCAGCGCGCCGUCCCCUUUCCGCUCCUGCCCAGGUCCUGCCCGCUAUACCACCGCAUAGUACAUCCAUGCGUGCUUCAAGGGUGUGGUCUAUGACUGCACAGUUCCCAGUGCAUGCCAAAAGCCAUACACUGUGUUUCUGAGCGGAUCUGUCGUCAUACAGUGUAUUGUCUUGAAUAAUCAAUUUUGAAUUCCAUCAGGAGUGAACAAAUCAGUGACUGAUUGUUGUAUAAUUCAGAUUCCGUUCUGGGUAUUUCAUGUUUUGAUGGACGUGAUUUUUUUUUUUUUUUUUUUUUGUAGCUUUAAAGAAACAGCACUGAAAUUAUAUGCCUGUUACAUGCAAAGGCUAAAAAAAAAUCAUUUAACAUUACAAUUCAAACUUGACUGUAAAUUUGUGGCUCUCACUGUUAUGUCACUCAUAUUGUGAAGUCAAAUCAUCUGUUAAAUGGAUAAAUAAAACCCCUCUAUUUAAAUGAAA